AUGAAAGGGAUGAUGCGAUUCGGCAAGAAGGGAAAGCCUAGUCCUCGAUACGUUGGACCAUUUGAGAUCCUUGGUUGUGUAGGGCCAGUGGCUUAUGGAUUGGCCUCACCCCCUAGCUUAUCUGGAAUUCAUCCAAUGUUUCAUUAUGAGGAAGAACCAGUUGCGAUUCUUGAUCGUGAUGUCCAAAAGCUCAGGACCAAGGAGAUAAAGUUCGUGAAAGUUCAAUGGAAGCAUCGUCCGAUUGAGGAAGCUACUGGGGAAACCGGUGAGGACAUGCCAGACAGGGCAUCUUCAGGUGACUACUGA